AUGUUACCUUCUCUAUGAAGGAAUUCUUUAAAGGCCUGCUCACCAGUGCCAGAACCCAAAGUGAAAGGGAAAGGAAACGAUACCGUGUACGUUACUUUAGUCACUAACCAUACCUACAAUCCAGCGGGAGUCAGCACAUUCUUGAGCGACUUUUCCCAAACAGAGGUCAGUAUUGUAUGUUUAUUUCCAAGCAUGUUUGAAAACUUUCGAUUUUUCAUAAUUCAUUUCAGAUUCAACAAUAUUCUGCGUCGGUUGGAAACUUUUCAGAUCUAA